CUCCAAGUUAUAAGAGUGUUUAGGUCAACGGUAAAUUACCGACGAUGUCUCUCUCUGUUUGUCAACCAAGAAAAAGAGUGGCUGUCAUUGGAGCUGGAGCCGCAGGUCUUGCUGCCCUGCGCCACACAAGUUGCCGACCGGAAGUGUUCGAGGUCAUGUGCUUUGAGCAGUCUGCGGUUAUUGGAGGAACAUGGGUGUACAACGAUGACGUAGGGACGGAUCAGUAUGGACUUCCGGUUCAUUCUAGCAUGUAUAAAAACCUCAGAACCAAUUUGCCGAAAGAAGCCAUGGCCUUCCCAGAUUUUCCGUUUGAAAAGGAUGGGCGAUCAUUCCUUAAACACGAAGAAGUACUGGAUUAUUUGGAGAAAUAUGCCGACCAUUUUAAUCUCAAGAAAUACAUAAAGUUUUUGACCGAAGUGAAGCACGUGGACCCAGUAAAGGAUGGGCAUGGUGGGGUCACGUGGAACAUCAAGGUCAAGGACGUUAGGGUAGCAGACGACACUUCCGAUUCAUCUUUUGUAGCUGAUGCUGUGAUUGUUUGCAAUGGGUAUGGUGUUUUGGGGAGAAUGCAUUUCAACGGAUCGCUCACAAAAUUUGAAGGUCAGGUGAUCCACAGUCACGACUACCGUGUUCCGGAGGCGUUCGCCAAUAAAGUCGUCUGCUGCGUCGGGUGCGGUGCCUCGGGUCAGGAUAUAGCCCUGGAGGUGGCGAGCAAGGCAAAGCAGGUGUAUCUGAGCCACAACAAACCUGCCCUGUCGACAAGUCUCCCAGACAAUCUCAGCCAGACAUCGGGCAUAGUCGAGCUCACCGCCGACGGCGGUAUGAUGAAGAAUGGACAAAAACUGGAAUUCGAUGUUCUCCUACUGUGCACGGGGUAUCACUACAGCUUUCCCUUCCUAUCAGCCAACUGUCACGUUAAUAUCGACGAUGGCCGCGUGACACCGCUUUACAAGCAUAUAGUUCACACCGAGUUCCCUACAUUGUUCUUCAUUGGGAUCUGCACCAAGCUCUGUCCCUUUCCACAAUUCCACAACACCGUCAAGUUCAUCUUGGCAACGCUGGACGGCACUUUUCAACUUCCACCCAAGGAAGACAUGAUGGCUGAAGAACAACGAGAAUUUGAGUGGCGACUGAAAAAGGGAUAUGCCCACCGUCACGCUCACCUGAUGGGCCCGUUACAAUGGGACUAUUUUAAUGAGCUGGCCGACCUCGGGAAAUAUGAGCGCCUGCCCAAAGCUGUGCAAAAUCUGUUUGACGAGAUUCAUCGCACCCGUUGCAAUGAUUUGCAAAACUACAGGAACAUCAAUUAUCAGAUCACCGGACCCGAGACUUUUGAAGUGCGUUAUUAA